UUCAACAUUUAUCAUUUAAUCAAUCUCAUUAUUUGAGAAAACAGGCUGUUCUACUUACAUCAACGGUGUUUUUUGGAUUUUUUUUUAAAAGUUAGUUUUUUUUGUAAUUAUUUGUUGAUUUAUUUUUUGUACUCCGCAAGAAAAAGGUCAGACGAUGGUAUGUAUUGAAGUUCAUUGGUUUCUAUGGAACUACUGAGAGACUGAAAAUAAACUCCCUUAUAUAUUUACUUGCACUGAUUUGUCGUAUGAGAUACGCCUAGAGGAGUAUUAAUGGUGACUCUCUCCGAUAAAACGGAACGUCUAGAGCAAAUCUGUUGUAAAAACUCCAAAACAUUUUAAAAUGGUAAUAUUUUUGCUUUUUUCCUUCAUUUUACUCCCGUGUUUGUAUUCGGCGACCCAUGCUAUCAUUGAUGUGAAGGAGCUCACUUCUCUAAGAGAAACGGUACGUUUACAGAAUCAACGAAUAUAUUACUUAGAAAAGAUGAUGGAAAUGUUGAUUCAGAGAGAGAAACAUGACAAGUCCGUAUUGAUAGAUGACAACAGGAAUCGUGUGAUCCACAAAAAUAUUUCAGAAAGUCGUGAACAGGGAACAGCUGGGUUCCAGGACACCGAGCGGACUCAAAGGUUACAACGUGACACUAAAUCAUACAUGAGAAAUACAUCUCCUGCAUCAGUUUCAUUUUUCGCCUACAUGACUUAUAUAGAAGAUGAUGUGUCAACGCACCACACCUUAAUCUUUGACCAUGCCCCUUUGAAUGUCGGAGGUGGAUAUCACCAGAAUUCCGGAAUUUUCAUUGCUCCUACGACUGGGGUUUAUGUAUUUAUGUGGUCUGUUAGGAUAAACAAACAAUCAAUUGUGCUGAUUGUGAAUGGUUCUUCUUACACAUCGCUUUAUAAUAGAAGUGUUGUUCUAGAGCAUAGUGACGGCGCAGAUGAAACCGUGACAGGAUUUGCCGUCGCGCAUGUCAACCAGGGGGAUGAUGUCUUUCUCCGAACUCAUUCAUCAUAUCAUGGAGACGGGGGGAUAUUCAGCAAUGAGUUUGGUAGAUCAUCGUUUUGUGGCUGGUUACUACGUUGAAAAGAAAGUCCAGAAUCUCUCUGUCAUUCGUUUAAACAGAACAGCGCAUGCUUAACGUAUAUCUUGUAAGGUAUGUUGUCCCCACAUGUUGAAUCAUACUACACUUUGUACAUUUUAUGACUCGAUCAAUAAA